AACAUCAACUUCCUUCCUUCAUCCCGCCAUUUUGAAGUUUUAUUCUUUUGUUUUGCGCCGAUGUCAUUUGUUUUUUGUUUUUCUUUUUCUUUUAAAUAAUUACUGUUUUACUAUCGCUAGCGAUUAUAUAGCGCGGAAAAUAUUAAUUCGUCGAUCUGUCAGUGUGUUUACGACGCGAUAUUUCAUAUACAUGAAUAAUAUUUCAAUGGAAAUAACAAACGACGGAUAGUGGGUUCACGAACGAUGUUGCUCGGUUCGCUGCGACGCCGGGAUUGCAUUAUUACGUUUGAUUGCUGUAUCGUGCUCUGACAAGUGAACAAAUAUUUGUGUCGAAUUUCCCGCGCGGAGUACAUACAAAAAAAAAUCGUCAGUGUCGGAGAGGUUCAAUCGUCGGUCAAUCGGAUCAGCUAAAAGUUAAUCUUCGAGUGAGAAAUCAAGAAAACCGGCAUUUCUAGAUUUACGAAAAACAUGUAACUCGAAGUGCUUCGUCGAGAAUUCGGAAAUAAUUGAAAAACGAGAACUGAACCUUAAAAAAAGUUGUGUUACUAUUUUGUUGGCUUCGGAACAAUAUUUCGCGGUCAAUUACUGCUGGAACGUGUUACCGGAAAUGGUGAAAAAGUGCGAUAAAAUAAAUGAAAAAACGAAGAACUAGAGGAAUUAUACGAUUGCUCGGAUCAGCGGUUGCACGUUAAAAGAAGCAAGCGGAAGGGAAAAAGGAUUUUUCUGACAUUUCGCGACAGUGAAUGGACUUCACGAGGGGAAAAUCGUGCUCGCCAUAGCCAAGUACGGACGAUCGAGUGCUGCAACCUUUACAGCUGGUAGAACAUGAUCUCGGAAAAAUUGUAGUAAAAGCAUCGGAUCGAUUUCGCGUUAAAAAAGUGUCCCAUUUCGUAUCUCCGGAGAGAACAGAGCAUAAUAUUUAUUAUAGGUAUGCUAUUCCGUCUCGACAUACGUGAAAAAAUGUGUUUCGCUCGUGGACGCUGUUGACGUUUUUCUCGUUUUCUCGGAUUCUCCAGAGUGCAGUUUUACAUGACGGUGGAAACAGAGAACACUAUAAAACUGUCGUAUCAGUGACAAUUUCGUGAGAUCUACAUACUUGAGAGGAUACUAGACCAAAUAAAAUACAUCGUGAGACCGAGCGAAACGGGCGAGCCGAGAGUUUAUAUGCACAUUUACUGGAAGAAACAAUCUUUCUGGUGUACGCUCGUCAACUGAUGCUCUAAUUCGAGGAUGGAAGAUGUUAUGAGAUUUGGUGAUUUCGGGAUAGACGAGAUUAGAAGAGCCUCGGUAACAAACUCUCCAGCGUCAUAUUACGUCAUUAAGGAGGUCGUCGCAUGUAACUUCGUGAUCGCAGAGUCAGGAGGGUUACGAGGAUCAUUGUCGAGACCGGCAGCCUUAUUUGGGGGUGCCAGGGUGGCGAUGCGACGAUGAGUCCGGCGAGAGUCCAGGAGCAGCGGCGCGUCACCCGACACCCCCGAACCAAAGAGUUCGUAUAUUACUCCCAUUCCGGACUCAGUACAAGCGUGUUGUUGGGCACGAGAUCGUCGAUUCCUGUCUCCACGAUCGUUGCCGAUGUUCCUUGGUUGAAACGACCUCCAACCAACGACAGCAGCUGCAUCGAACAUCGAACAAUCAACGGGCCAUGGACCUCGACGAGACGAGGAACGGAACUGGCGACCCCGACAACGAUUACACGAAUAUCUACUUUUACGUCGGUGAUCGGAUGGAAACCGCCACCUUUCGCUCCGAUCACGUCACCAAUAACGAACUCAAAGAAUUGUUCAGAAGCGCAGCAGAGGCUGGACCUCUUGACAUCGUGAAACUUCGCAAGGGUGAUAAACUUCUCAACAUUUCACCGCAACUUCCUCCAAAUACGCCGGAUACACCCUACACGCUCCAGGUUGUGGGAGCACACCCGACCUCUUUGGGGAUGAUCGAGGCGGACCUUCUACGUGCUCUGGAAAGGCGCGUUGCCGCCUUGGAAUGUGAAUUGCGCGAACAUCAGGAAGCCGCGACCUCAGAAUCUUCCUUGGUAUUACGCGAUCUUAAACAACAAAUGGGCGAGUUCAAGAACAAGCUCGAAACGACCGAGCAUCUCAGUUGGUUAGGCUUUUACAAACAGCUGCCGGAACCCGUGUCCUCGGAGGCUUGUCGAAGAUUGCAGUACAGACGGAAGAGCGACAGUGUGAAGCGUCGAGUACGUGAAAAGUUCCUCAACAUUUGUGACGUAGCCGUAUCGUCGUGUGUACGAGAAUGGCUGCGAUCGCCAGCGUUCGAUGCUCGACAAUGGGAAGACGAGGAACUUCUCCUGAUGCUUCAAACCAUGUUCAUUGAGCUUGAAUUGUUACAAAAAUUCGACAUACCAUUAACCACGCUCAGGCAUUUCCUUUAUGAAGUUUAUAACAAUUACAACGAGGUACCAUUUCACAACUUCAGGCACUGCUUCUGCGUCGCUCAAAUGAUGUACGCGAUAGCCUGGGCAGUGGAUCUACCCUCGAAAAUUGGACAUCUCGAAGUGCUCGUACUGAUAGUCUCUUGCAUUUGUCACGAUCUCGACCAUCCUGGUUACAACAACAUAUAUCAGAUAAAUGCGCGGACGGAGUUAGCUUUACGUUACAACGACAUAUCACCUUUGGAAAAUCAUCACUGUUCGAUUGCAUUUCGAGUUCUGGAAGCCCCCGAGUGCAAUAUUCUUGCAUCUCUAGAUGCUGCGACCUUCAGAACCGUCCGGGAAGGGAUAAUCCGAUGCAUACUCGCCACCGACAUGGCAAGGCACAACGAGAUUCUCAGCCAGUUCACUGACACAGUUCCGGACUUUGAUUAUCAAAAUAAAAGUCACAUCAAUUUGCUCUCAAUGGUCCUAAUAAAAGUAGCUGAUAUAAGUAACGAAGCGAGACCCAUGGACGUUGCGGAACCGUGGUUGGACAGCCUCCUUCAGGAAUUCUUCAAGCAGAGUGAUGCGGAAAAGCUCGAAGGUCUUCCGGUAACCCCAUUCAUGGAUCGUGACAAAGUCACUAAGCCGUCUUCUCAAUGCAGCUUUAUUGGUCUCGUCUUAUUGCCUCUUUUCGAGUCUUUGGGGGAACUUUUGCCGGAACUGCAGGAUUUCAUAGUUGAGCCAGUGCGUUUCGCUCUCGAAUACUACAGGCGAUUGAACGAGGCGGCCAAGGACGAGCGACAUCAUCGGAAGAGUGUCGUUGAUCUCGGUGAGUCAGCUUCGUCGAUAUCAACCGGUACAGCGGCGUCAGUAACGAAAUCAACGUCUUCGCACAGUAUGAGAUCGAAGCGUUCGGCAGGCACGAUACGUUCACGUUCACGUUCGACAGACGAGGAUCCGGAAAAUCCGACGAUCGCGGAAGUGGAAAAUCCGGAGAGCUCGGAUCCGGAAACCGCGACGGAGGUUGAGAUAAGUGAGAAAACAUUAAAGUUCAAGAUAUCGACGGAAGGUACGGGUACGACGGGAAGCUGCGCUGGGAGAAAAAGUUAUCCAGGAAGCCGUAAGGGAAGCAGAGAAAAAUCAUCGUUGGAUUAUCACAAUCCCGAUCUAGCGAAAGCAAUUAGAGAUCACGAUCGUGAGAGACGACGCAGUAGGGGUGAAAAUUUUAAUAGUGAUAUGAGCUCACCGGUGAGCGCUAGAUCCAUCGAUGACGGUAGAAUAAUUGAAGAAUUGGAGAGGGAUGAGAUGAGCAGCGUGAAAACGAGGACAAGGGAUGAAAGACCGGAAGGUAAUGGGAAAUUAGUUGUGUCGGUCAAGUCGUUAAUCGGUAAAGAUGAUAACGAGAAGGAGGACGGAAAUAACGACAGAGAGGAGAAAAAUGAUGAUUUUCGUACAGGACGGAAAAGUUCCGCUGUGCGCAAGGAGUCGAUGAUUCUGCACUGUUGCUGCGAAGACAAGACCGCAACGUCGAACAACCACAAAUCGCUGUUGUCGAGAUUGCGAAAUUUCACGGAUCGUUUGAGCAUCAGUUUUGACUCCCGGGACACUGUGCCAUGUACAAAAUCAUCGAAGCUUCAUACAAGUUCGAGAACCUUGACGAAGAGCGAAUCGGUAACGGGUAGUAGCAACACCAGUGGCACAUCGGCGAUAAAACCAUCGCGGCAAAACAAUUCUCUCUUACUUUGUAAACGUUGUCAUCUUGCCAAGAUGAGUAAGAACGAGAUCAAGGAUACGUCGGUAACGACGAGAACAACAAGGACGACUACGACGACUACUACAACGGUGGUCGAGAUCGAUGGCAUGGAGAAGCGCGCUACGACUCUACCGAAAGUGAAAAAAUCCCAGGACAGUAAGAACAAGAGCUGGCGUAUUGUAUUCGUCAAAGAAAAAAGGCCUUCGAUAUCUCUGGAAACAUUGCCGGCUGUUGGGGAUGACAUUGAUACAAGCGGUACCAAACACAAGCGCAAUCUCUCUAAUCCCGAAGGUAAAAUCGUCGUUAACAAAACUCAAAGUCUCAAACAUACGAGAAAAAAUGAAAAGUCGGUUAAUAUAAAUGAAUUCAAAGAGAUCGACGUGAGAAAAACGAGCACGGAAAAACCCGAGAUAAUUGUUAAUCCAGGCAGUUCGAACGUCGUUGAUGCUAACAGCGAUGACGAUGAUAUCGGAAAAAUUGAGAUCAGACGAAGUUCCGCCAGCAUGGAAGACAUAUCUAAAAUUACUAAGCAAAAUGAAAAUAUUAUUGUGGGCUGUGGCCUCGAAGAGAAAAAAGGCGACGAACAUCAACAACACACGGGUAGUCUCGACUCCAUGUUAUACAAAGAUACCUCCAAAAACGUGAAAAAAUCAUUUGCCGGAUUGUCUUCUCCCUACAGUGCGAAAAAAUCGUCACCGGGCAUUUUUUCACGCUUCAAAUCCGGCAUGAGUAUCGACGGCACAAAGAGCGCUAGCAACAGCAGUUCACUCAAUGAUCAGACUUCGCAACAACAAACUGGCUGGAUAUCUUCCUUGGCAGCCAGUUUUCGUCCUAAACGACAGUCCAGUGACUUGCAAAGUGCUCUACCUCAUGGUCUUCAAUCUCCCGGUCACGAGGAAAUUAAGUGAUACGUUGUGGUCUCCGUUAAGACAAAAUCCGGUAGAUUCGCCGAUCUCAGCAACUGGUGGGCCCAAAGAUCCUCUUGCUGCGCUGGCCUCACAAAGGAACCUUAAAACACACAGACACAAACUUUCUAUUUUGUUGGCGUUUGAAAUGGUCGUUCGAGAUAUAAUUCAUUUUAUAACAACAGAAAUUUGUUCGUUAUGACAAUUUUCAUAAUUAAUAUUACCACGUGAAAACUAACAAUAAAAUAUUGUUUGUUUACUUUUCAUCGAUAAUUAUAUACUUGACAGCAAAAAAGUCACAGUCAAAACAUGUCCUUUUCCGAGUAGUUCGUGAAGUAUGAAAAUUUCAUUUGAUUUGAAAAUCCAUCGAACCUUGACUUUGAAAAUGUGUGAAAAAAUUACGCAAUUCGGAACACGAAUAUCUGUUCUCGAAUGAUUGAUACUGACAUUUAGAAAACCAAAAAACUUCGAAUUAUUCGCCUGUAAAUCGUCAACAAGGUAGAAAUAUUUUUUAACGGCGCUCAUUUCCAAAGAAUAAGUGAUUUUAUCUGCUUUUAUAUUUGUUUCAUUACGUUCCAAUUCUUUUGAACGAUGAAGAAAAUAAGAUGGUCCCGGUCAGUCGAUUGCAAGAACAAGAGGAUCGUGAAGAAUUGUGCGACUAGAUUUGAUGUGAAAUAUCGUUCGUUAUAACGAUAAUACAGAACUUUAUUCUCUCUCCUCUCAUCUUUCUUCGUGCAAGGUCUAUCGGAGACCACAGUGUGUUGUCGAAUGAUUAAGAAAAUCGUUAAUUAUGCGAUUGUUUGCGCAUAAAAAAUCAUUGUCGAGUGUUCUCGUUUUUUUCCUGACUUUCUCCUCAGGAUUGUCUUGCGACGAUGCAUAGCGGUAGAGGAGUAUGUCUUAAACUGGAGGAAAAAGUAUAAAAAAAAUCAUCGAUCAUGUAGAAAUUUAAUCGGAGAUGAUACAUUUAGUUUCAAUGAAUUCAGGUGACUCUGUCCGAACGACAGUCCGUAAGUGUUUAGCUACGUAGAAUUAUUUUAUUUAUUGUCCUAUUAACGAGUAGUCAUAGUGACUAAUUCAUCAAUGUUGUUCGUUAUACGCGUAUAUGAAAAAAUGUGUAUAUACAUACGACAAUGAUAGCGUAUGUAUGAAUAUAUUUAUAUAAUUAUACGUGUAUAUACAUACGAAAAGUAUCGAAAUGGAAAUUCAAAUCGCCACCAACGUAUGUUAACAUUUGGGGUAUAAAACUAGUAAGGCAAAAAGAAAAAUAAAAAAAUAUAAAAAAAAGAUAUAAGAACUAAAUGUCUGUCUUCAUCGGUAAAUAUAGAUGUUAGGAAACUGCAGACAAUUUAAUAGAUAAGUACACAUCCGUAUAAGUGUGCAUGUAUAUAUAUGUACGAACAUAUAUACAUCUGUGUAUAUGUAUUAUAUAUAACAUAUCGGCCAUAUGAUGAAUUCGAAAAAAGAAGGAAAAAAAAACAACAAAAUCAAAUGAAACAAAGAAUAAUUGUUGGAAUGUUGCUAAAAGGGAAACAAUUGCUAGAAUAUAUGAAUAAUGCGAUACACAUUAUGACGUCUUAUCUGGCUAUCGAUAAAAGAGAGCUGUAAUCAUAAAAAAAAUCAACUGGUUAUUUGCGUAUAUUUAUGUAGAUUCGUACAUAUUGGGGUGCUUCGGAUACCGUUUUAUUUGAAUAUCCUAAGACUGUGGACGAUCUUUUCAGUGUGUAUUGUCGCACUUGCCAAAAAUUUUUAUCUUUCCAUCUGCAAUUGUACGGUUGUUCGAAACUCGCGUGAAUGUUUUUCACGAUUUAAAAAUAUAAAUGAAUUCAUCUUAAUUCGGAAGAGACGUAUCUCGUUGUACUGAACAAAUCGAUAAUACGCUCGUUCUCGCGACAUCAUGCCCCCCCCCCCCCCCCCCCCCCCCCGUCGGUAUACGACUCACACUUUUGUGAGUAUUUAUAUAUGAAUAUACGCGAAUCGUAGCCUACUUGUUCAAUAAUUGAUAUCAGUGAUACAUUGAAUAAUCGAAAAUAAAUAAAACGACUCUCACGAUUAGUUCACCUACGAUAUCACGCUUUGGAUUUUUAGAUGUUUAUAUUUUUAUACUUCAUCAGUGUGUCUCUAUAUACGGCGAUGAAAAACCGCAUGUAUUGUUGAACUCUAGUCUUACGUUAUUUACUUUUAUCCCAAUGCGUAUUGGGCAUUUUCAUUUAUUUCUUAUUUCCUUUUCAAUGGAUAGUCUCGAUUCGUUAUUUAUCGUCGAUCAUUUAUGUUCAAUGAGAUUUUCUCUUCUCGAUCAUUCUCCUCGAACGUUUUUACACGAUAUUAAAAAGCACACAAAAUUCAAUUUUUUUCAAUCGAUAAUCCGACAUCACAAAGCACAGUUGCCCCCUUUUCUAUUGGACUCUAAUACUUCCGCGUGAUACAUGUAUUAUAUUUCUUCGUUAGAGAUUAUUUUCAAUCUCGUGACCAAUUAGCGCAUGUCUUCGAAGUGUAUAAAUAAUUUUAAAACGUACAUAAACUGUCGACGAAUGAAAAAUAUACGAAAAAAAGAAAGAAAAAAAAAACACAACAAUAUACACACUUUACUACCUACGUAUCAUACCAAAAUCGAUUAUUUGCGAUUUAUGUACGUGCAUUUGAUACGCCUAUAUGGAUUUUCAUAAUACAUAUACGUACAUAUUUGCACAUACGUACAUGCUGACGAAUAAAAUUCCACGUGUCGUUCUCUCGAAUAAACCAUUUACCGAGAUCUCUACAAUUAUUAAACACUACCUGUGCCUGAUAUCUUCGUCAUUAUUUAUUUCGUCUAUCCCGUGUAUUAAAUCGAUUUUUUAUUUUUCUUCUUUUUCACAAUGAAAACAAAAUGAUAUCAUUGAAUUUAAAGAGAAAAUUGGAAAUUUGGACAAGUCAUUUGCCUCGUAGAAACUUUAAGGGAGAUUGCAACACUGAAUAUUCGGUAGUUUGAAAUUCAAUAGAUUAUUUGUGUUCAGCUUGUGGUUACAUCUUGAUUAUUUCGGGUGUUAGGUCUCAUUGGUUAGAAGUAUAAUGAAAAACUAAUUCAGCGAGAGCAAAUUGCUGUAUUUUGUUUCUUCUUGUGAAACUUGGCUAUGAAUUUUUUCUUUCGAAUAUCAUUUAUGUAAAUAUUCGUCAGGCUAGAAAUAAUAUUGGAAAAGCGUAUUUGGAAUCGCACUCGAUCUCGAUCGGUUUAUCGUUGGAUUCUCCUUGGUACGAUGUGCGUGUGUGAGCGUAUGCGUGUGAUUCGAUACGUCACGGGACUAUUAUUGUAAAAACGUUCAUUUCCUACGAAAUAUAAUAAUUGAUGGUUCCGUGCUCAGAACUAAAUCAUUCGAACUUCUCUUCGAAUCAUUGCUUCCUUUUCAUGAAAUAAUCGAAUGAAAAUUGGUGAGUAGAAAAAAUACUGUUGCAACAACCCCAGUGUCAUCUGCGUCUUCAAUUUGACAAUAUUCCGAUAUUCCUACGACACAAUCUUGAAGAAAAUUUGGCUGAGAAACAAUAUUAUCAAGAUAUUCAAAGUAUCGUUGAGUUUUGGCAAAAUGUUUAACAGCAAUAAAAUGGCCUAAUCGGUCUCAGAGCCGCAUGAUCAAUGACGAAGAAAUUUAACGACCUUCUCCAAUCCCAAGCCGUUACUAUAAACGUCAAUUCUCAUUUGAAUCGUUCGAUCAGUAAUAUUAUUGUUCCACAAUGGUCAAUUAACGAGACAACUGCUUUACUAAAUAUAAUUCGUGAAGUACUUGGAAGACUUCGUGAUUAUUGUAUGAUUGAACAAUACUGAGAACCUACGAAGAAAAUAAAUGUAAUUUCUGGGUAGACAAAAAAAAUCAAGGAUAGGAUUAAGUGUGAAGAUGAAAAGUAAAACGCAAAUAACGUCAAUGGAUUCUUGCUGUAUAAUAUAAUAUUGAACUUUUUUCGCCGUUCCUCUGUAGAACCCCUAGCCUCUCUUCCAAACUCGCGCAUUACGUUUUAGUCGUGAUAAGGCCAACAAUCACACCCUCCGCAGUCUUAUUCGUUUUGCAAAUUGAGCAAUUAGGAAAAAUUAAUGCAACUGACAUUGUAUGCUUAUCAUUCGAUCAAAAUUCAUCGGAGACUUUGACGACGCUAGAGGGAGAGCGAAAUGUCACCGAGACGAAUAUCACUGUGGAAAUUUCCAUAUUUUUAGCCAUAGAACAAUUCUGUGUGAAUGUACAUAAUUUAAGAUGACCCCAAAAUUUGUGUGUAUUUAUUCAACUAUCGUGAUACCGCCUCGUUUCCGAGGGAACACAAUGAGCAAAAUGAAGGAAAAUAAAACCAGAAAUAAAUCUAAAUUAUACAUAUGAAGCAGAAUAAAAGAAAGAGGAAAAAACAAAGAUUGACUUUUACCUGAUAUUAAGUAAUUUGGGAAAUACAAUGCUCGCUGGCGAGCGAUGUUCAAUUACAAUAUAAAUAUAUACAUAGAUAUAUAGUUUUAAGAAGCUGCGAGGAAUUUGUCGCUGGAAUAGCGAGAUACCGAAAUCUUUGGCGUUCAGUGAAUGGAAAUGGCCAACGACGGGAAUAAUUCAUGGAAAUUAAGAAUAAAAAACGAAGUCAAAAAAAUCAGUGAAGAAAAGUUCCUUGUCGGAUGAAAGUAAAUGCUCGAUAUGCCAAGAACACAUUUUCGAUACAUUGGAUAUAUCUCAACUCGAGAAAUGUCGAAGAAAAAUUAUUAUAAAUAUUUACGUGAAAUGAUUUGAAAAUUUAUUGACGGUAUAUUUAUUUUACGUCAAGGAUACCGAAGUAUUUCUGUCCAAGUAUUUCUCUAUGUUUUCCGUUAUUCUUCAAUGGUGAAAAGAAAAAUAAUAAUAAAAGUGAAUAAAUACCCCAGAAACACUGAGCGUCCAUCUUCACGUAUAUAUUGAAUGAUGAUUAUAAACGAGUCGAGGAAAAAUACACGUGUGAGCCGGCAAUGGCUUUGGUAUUCACUCGUUCCGUUCAAUUUUCAAGGUAUCGUACUAUUAUAACCGUAGGAAACCUUCAUGUAAUUAUAAACAAAUAAUACGUAGUCAAAAUGUGUCUCGAGAGAACGGAACAAACGAUGAAUAAAAAACAAUUCAAUGUGAAAAAAAAAAACAAGAAAAAACAACAGCAAACCACGCUCGAAUAAUAGUUUUUUUGUAAAUUAAAGUAAGUGAUUAAAAUAAACGUGAACGUGAAACAACA